AUGCAUCUUUAUGUGUCCCAUAUAAUCAAUUCGCUUUGGGAUAUCAACAACUCAUCAAAAAAGUAUCCAACACACAUCAUUUCUUGUGAAGAUAUCCCCUUUAAAAAUUAAAAGUCUCAUCAUUCCCUAUUUCUUCCCCUUUUCCUGGAUGGUAAACACUUUUCACUUUACUGGCUAACAAAGUAUAUUGAUAAAAUCUUUAUAUUUUAGUUGUUCAAUGGGACAAAUCUUAAAGAAACCUUAACAUAAAAUCAAUUUUUUUAUGAAAAUGAUGUUGAAUACUCAUUAUAAUUAUUACUUUUAACUAACUCCUCUAUUAAGGAUCUGAAAAAUUUAUCAAAAAUCCUAAUUAUUGGGACUUUUUUGAAAUAAAAAGUAAAAAGUCACAUCUCUUCUCUAUUGGUAACAAAGAAUACAUGUAUAAUUUUUCAAAAGAUAUUUCAGAAAAGAAAGAAAUCAAUCAAGCAUUUAUUCAAUAAAAUCAUUUGCUUGAUGUACCAUAAUAUCAAUGAUUAAUCAGAAAACUAGAAUUUUCUGGAGCUUUUCCUGAAUUUAUCUUUUUUAGUAGUUGAGAUGAGUAGUUCGAAAAAGUGGGAAUCAUCCUAAUAGUUUCUAAGAACCUGUCUGUUUUCAUAUACAAAAAAUUACUAAUGGAAAAUUCUUCAAUUAAUUAAAUAAACUAGGAGCAGAUGA